AUGGCAUCUUAUCAACUAGUCAGAGUAGCUGUUGCUAUCUCGCCCCAUCUUGUGAUUGAAAUGCACUGCCUGGAUGAGCUGCCUCAGAACUUCGGCAAUCUGAAACUGCUCAACUCACUCCUAUUAAACAGCUGCACGCGGCUCAGCUCCAUUCCCGAUUCUUUCGGGCAGCUUACCAACCUGAAGCAUCUUUCCAUCAGCGGCUAUAGGACAAGGCUUCGACUGCCCGAAUCCAUCUCCAACCUUUCGUCCCUGCUGACCCUCGAGAUUUCGUACUGUCAAGACCUUUCACCUCUGCCCAAAAGUUUUGAAAACCUACCGGCUCUUGAAACCCUGUGUCUGGAGGAGGUGGGGGGGAUUAUCAACCUUCCCGCAAGUAUCGGGCAGCUGCAACGGCUGCGGCUCCUCUCUGUAAUCAACCGGGGCGAAUUUAUGUCUUUUCCUACCUCCCUCCAUCUGCCUUCCCUAAUGGACCUUUUUCUUGUGGGUAUGGCACUCCUGCAUCUGCUUGACGACGUGGUUCCACUACACCUGCCCGGGAAUCUUGGGCAGCUGACAGCCUUGGAGUCCCUGCUCCUGAUCAAGCUUCCGCAGCUCAACAGCCUGCCCGCAUCGCUUGGCAACUUCACAAGCCUCACGGAGCUGAAAAUAUCCAAAUGUACUGCGUUGACACAACUUCCAGCCUCCCUGAGUCAGUUAUCUUCCCUUGAGUUGCUGGAAAUCAGUGAGUGUAGCAAGCUGACGACGCUACCGCAGAACAUGGGGAAUGGUCUGCAUAGACUGCGCAAGCUGAUUCUGCUCCGAUGCUCGGCUCUCACCCGCCUUCCUCCCUCCUUCUCCAACCUCUCCUCCCUUGAAACCUGCGAUGCAAACAGCUUACGCGGCGCCCUACCAAUCGACUUGACUCGCUGGAAAUGCCUCAAGAAGCUCUCUCUCUCCUCCCUGCCGCACCUGCCCGCCCUGCCUGCCCCCCUCCCUACCAUCGCCCGCACUCACACCAACCUGACUGAGCUGCCCGAGUCGUUCGGGCAGCUAAAGAUGCUUUAG